AAUGCAUCUUUGUUCAUCUAUUUAUGUGGUUUAUCUUAUCUAUUUAUCCCAAGCUGCCUUUUCUAGAGUAAAAGUAAAAAGUAGCUGUUGUCUUUAUCUCUAUCUUUUACAAUGCACAACUAUAUGUUUUACUGUUUCCUUCAAGCGUAAAAAAAACCUUGUGGUUCUGAUUUCCCGACCGACCCUAAAAAAUUCCCGCUGAUACUAGCAUUUUUACACCAUGUAAUAAAUACGUCAAAUACGUCGUUCUCCAUGGCCACGCCCGCAAACUGCCGCGGAAGCACAUAGUCGAGUCGGCUGUUUAAUAGCAGCCGUGGCGGGCGAAAGCGUGGCCGUGCCACUUCCUCUUGCGCGCUGCUGCACCUCGUUUCAUCCUAAUUACGUUGUGUUUUUAAGCCUUGUUUUUCAUCCCACUUGUUGCAGUGGUCUCAAACUGGCGGCCCGCGGGCCAUUUGCAGUCCGUGAGAUAAUAUUUUGUGGCCCCCACCUUAAUAUGAAAGUUUGUUAGAGCGGCCCUCGAAUUUUACAUGAAGGGCACUUUCACAGUGUUGUGUGCAAAACCAACCAAUCAUGGUGGGGUAUAUGGUUCUCGGGCACAUGCAAACUGAGAAAUAUUUUUUUUGUUGUGAAAAUUACAGCAGCGUUUCCAUGUAGCGUUUUUCUUGUAGUUUUGUACACAAGUUGUUGACACAAGCUUCUUUGUUUUUGUUUUUUUCAUUCAUUCAUUUUCCAAGCCCCUUAUCGUCACUAGGGUCGCGGUGGUGCUGGCACUAAUCCCAGGUAUCAUCGGGCAAGGGGUGGGGUACACUCUAAAUUGGUUCUAGCCAAUCGCAGGGCACAUAGAGACAGACAAAAGUCGUACUCACAAUCAUACCGAAGGUAAAUUUAGAGUCCCUAAUUAAGACAUGUUUUUGGGGAUGGGGGAGGAAACCGGAGUGCCCGGAGAACACCCACGAAGGCACGGGGAGAACAUGCUAACUCCACAAAGGCGGUUCCGGGAUUGAACCCGGGACCUCAGAACUGUGAGGCCAACAUUCUAACCAGUUGCACCACUGUGCUUUCUCCUAGUUUAUAUUAAUCUAAAUCUUUUAAAUUUCUAAUUGAAAUUGGCCACGAGUGCAUGUGCGCCUCCAGCGGCCCUGAGGUAAAUUGAGUUUGAGACCCCUGAUGAAAAGGGAGUCCUCGAUCUACGACCGUAUUCUGUUCGUACACUAGCGACAUAACCCGAAUUUUGGCGUAAAUCAGAUUUUUUUUCCUUUCGGCUUGUCCCGUUAGUGGUCGCCACAGCGUGUCAUCUCAGAUGAACGCAUAUUUGUUUGGCACAGUUUACGCCGGAUUCCCUUCCUGACACAAACCCUCUGCAUUUUAGUCGGAGAGAAACGUUUACAGCAUCUGGUAUUCCAAGGCUUUCACCCAUCCAAGUACUAACCAGGGCCAAACCUGCUUAGCUUCUGAAAUCUGAAGAGAUCGGGUGUUCUCAGGGUAGCAUGGCCGAAGACAAAUCAGAUUUUACCUUUAAAGACAAAAUGUACGAUGACAGUUGGGAUUGACGACGCUUGUGAGGAUAAGCGGCUUAGAAAAUGAAUGGGUGUUGGUACUUUGUAUAAAAAAACUAAUAUACAUGAAAAAAAGGUGCUGUAUUUACCAUAACUGUGAGAGGUGAAUGAUGAAGAAUGAGGGGAGGCUGUGCUUAGCUAAUGCUAGCAGUAAAUUCUUCCUCAGCGUCGUUGCCUUUCUGUUUUUUCAAAGUUAGGAAAAUAUGCCGAGUCUUUUCCCUUUAUGAACAGUCGGCCGAUAUUAAGCCUACGUUAAUUCUGAUCCUCAAGCCAUAACUAAGUAAUCUUUUCAUCUCUGCAACAAUCGAAGAACGUUGCUUGUUUUGUUUUGUUUUCUUCACGGAAAAAGUUGCUUUGUAUCCGUCAUAGGUGCGAAACCCUUCACGUGCGCCAAAAUCCAGGCUUUGCCCUGUAUAAUGAUUCCUACAGUCGUCCGACUGAACCACAAAUCUUGAACAAUGUUUGUCAGUGUUACUCCUUUCUCUGACUCCCCCCCAACUUUUAGGUUCGUUUCCAUGGUAAUUGCUUUUCUUGCACCUAGACCAUCCAUCCAUCCGUCCAUCCAUCCAUUUUCUUAGUCGCUUAUCCUCACGAGGGUCACGGGAGUGCCUGACCCCAUCCCAGCUGUCAAAAACCCCCCACCAUUCUUCUUUUGGGCCAUGAUGUGUUAAAAAGCGGUGCAAAGCAGAAACACUAUGGUGCUGGGGACAAAAUGGCAGACGGGACACGGGCGUCGUAAAGUCGAAACAUUUGACCCGAGACCGUCUUGACCCGAGGACUCACUAGAUACGCAUUUCUGUUCACGAGCGUCAGCUAGCGUAACUGCUUCGUCUCAUGUCAUAGCGUUACUGAGCCAUAUCAAGUCUAGUUACGUUUUCAUAUUUUGCCAUGUCUGAUUUUUGUUUCAUGUUUUUGGGACCAGGCCCUUUUUUCCUUGUGAGUUUUGUACCGUCGUCCUGUUGGCCUGCCUUCCCCCUGUACGACCACUGCCUGGCAUUAAACCUUCCCAAAAUCCACACUUAUGUCUCAGCUUCCUGCAUCUGGGUUCCACCCUCCACCAAUUUCAUCAUAAUAUCAGAAAGUGUGAAGAUGUGUGCAAGAACGACUGGAGAGUACAAGGAAGAACUUUGUGGACCAAAAAAGGAGGAGGAGCCACAACGUCACCUACUGGACGCUGUGUUCAAUCUGCAGCCUCGAAUUGUCCUAUGCAGAGCAGAUGUCAGUGAAAAUCUUCAUCCAGAGCAACAGCAGUCAGUGUUGUGUCACGUCAAAGAGGAAGAGGAGGGUGAAGAGGUACAAUGCAUCAAAGAGGAGGAGGAAGGGGUCCGACACAUGAAAGAGGAAGAGCAGGAAGAAACCUUUGAAAGAUCACAAACAGACGGUCAUGAUGAUGAUGAUCAUGAACAAUCGGAAGGUGAUAUGACAUGUCAUAGUGCCAACGAAUGCUGGGAAUGUUCUCAGUGUAGGAAAACCUUUGCUUCUAUGAGGUAUUUAAAAAAUCACAUGAAAAUACACACAGGUAAGAAGCCUUUUGCAUGCUCAGUUUGUGGUAAAAAAUUCACACGGAAGGAACACUUAAAAAUACACAAAAGGACACACACUGGUGAGAAACCUUUUUCCUGCGCAGUUUGUGAUCAAAGAUUCACUGAGAAGGGAAAAUUAAGAAUACACACAAGAACACACACUGGUGAGAAACCUUUUUCCUGCACAGUUUGCGGUCAAAGAUUCACUCGGAAGGAGCAGUUAAAAAUACACACAAGAUCACACACUGGUGAGAAACCUUUUUCAUGUCCAGUUUGUGAUAAACGAUUCACUGAGAAGGGACAGUUAAAAAGCCACACAAGAACACACACUGGUGAGAAACCUUUUUCCUGCGCAGUGUGUGGUCAAAGAUUCACUCAGAAGGAAUGCUUAAAAAGACACACAAGGACGCACACUGGUGAGAAACCGUUUACAUGCUCAAUUUGUGGUAAAAGCUUCACUCAGAAUGCAAGUUUAAAAAGACACACAAGAACACACACUGGUGAGAAGCCUUUUUCCUGCUCUGUUUGUGGUCAAAGUUUCUCUCAGAAAGGAAAGUUAGAACUACACACAAGAACACACACUGGCGAGAAACAUUUUUUUUUGCUAAAUUUGUGGUCAGAGAUUCACUCAAAAGGAAUACCUAAAAUACAUACAAGAAAUCACACUGGUGAGAAACCUUUUUCCUGCUCAAUUUGUGGUAAAAGAUUUGCUGUGAAGGUAACGUUAAAAAUACACACAAGAACACACACUGGAGAGAAUCCUUUUUUCUGUUCUGUUUGUGGUCAGAGAUUCACUCAAAAGGGAUCUCCAAAAAUACACACAAGAAUGCACAGUGGGAAGAAACCUUUUUCCUGCACAGUUUGUGGUCAAAGAUUCACUCGGAAGGAACCCUUAGAAAUACACACAAGAACACACACCGGAGAGAAACCUUUUUUCUGCUCUGUUUGUGGUCAGAGAUUCACUCAGAAGGAUCUCUAAAAAUACACACAAGAACGCACACCGGAGAGAAACGUUUUUCCUGCGGAGUUUGUGGUCAUAGAUUCACUCGGAAGGAACUGUAAAAAUUUACACCAGAACGCACACUGGUGAGAACCCUUCUUCGUGCUCUGUUUGUUAUCAAAGACUUUCUUCUAAGUGUAAGGCUGAGACACACAAGUGUGCCGGUAGGAAAAGCCAUCAUCAAGGAGCUGGAAAAGUAUAAAUUGAAAGUAAUAGAUACUUUUCAUUGACGUCACGCCGACCACGUAUUUUUGUUGACAACGCCAUUUUGGGUGGCAAGAUCGUGUCUACAUAUCAUGGCUAGGAAGCAAUAAGUGUAAACUAUAAUGUUUUAGCGAUGGAUAUCGUUUGAUCUUUUGUCUUGAAAGUCCUUUGACAAACAAACACUGGAACCAGAGGUGAUUGAGGCACUUGUGCUGGAGUGAUAAAUAAAUAAAGAAGCCACAUGUGAAACUUGAGAACAAGUAUCGUGUCGUUAUUAUUCGAAUGAGCUACAGUAUAGUACUUCUCGUAUAAAGCAAGUGUGGUGUGAUUGUGAUUGUGUUGACGUCAGCGGGGCGUGACAAGACAGGACGAUAAGGAAGUGAGCUCGAGAAGGUGGCGGUUGAAAAAGCCAAAUAAAUAUCACCCACGUGAAAAAGUACAGUUGAACUCACGUCUAUGUUAUUCAAUAACACGACAGCAACGCUACGGAAGUAUAACUAUGGACUCACGAAAAAAAACAGACUGUGAAA